GGCUCUAGAUGGCGGCUGUGCCUUAGAGAGAGCGCGCUCUGCUCCCUGCCUUCGCCUCACUUUACGCAACUUUCCCUAACUUUCGGGCAGCCUCAGGGGGCCCCCGCAGCCCCCUGCCUCUCUUAGUGACCUACUGGGGUUGGUUCGAACCUUUUUUAGGGAGAAAAGCAGCUUUUAGGAGCUUUCUUUUCGUGCCUUGUUGGAAAGAAGCAGCCGUACUGAGAGCCCAGGUCGUUGUUUUUUCCAGCUUAGAAGCCAUGGCGCACCUCCAUUUUUGUGCGCUUUCCUAAUGAGGUUUUUUUUCUUCCGGACCUGAUUUAGUAUUAAUUAUUGCUUUAUUUUUUUGACCAGUUAACAUAUUUGAGGAUUAUUUUAUUUAAUUUUCGUUUUUUAACGGAGGAUUUUGCCUUUAUUUUUAAUUAUUUGGGAACUGAUAUUUUUCUACUACUAGAUAGGACUCUUGCUUUGGACAUACUACAUGGAUCAGUAAAUACCUGGGCACAGGACUUCAAAGCAAACACAGAUUCCCCCUCCCCCUUAACAUUUAAGAAUUAAAAGAUGAUGAGAAAUAAGGACAAAAGCCAAGAGGAGGACAGUUCGCUACACAGCAAUGCAUCGAGUCAUUCAGCCUCUGAAGAAGCUUCGGGUUCAGACUCAGGCAGCCAGUCGGAGAGUGAGCAGGGCAGUGAUCCAGGAAGUGGACAUGGCAGUGAGUCGAACAGUAGUUCUGAAUCUUCUGAGAGUCAGUCGGAAUCUGAGAGUGAAUCAGCAGGUUCCAAAUCCCAGCCAGUCCUUCCUGAAGCCAAAGAGAAGCCAGCCUCUAAGAAGGAACGUAUAGCUGAUGUGAAGAAGAUGUGGGAAGAGUAUCCUGAUGUUUAUGGGGUCAGGAGGUCAAACAGAAGCAGACAAGAACCAUCAAGAUUUAACAUUAAGGAAGAGGCAAGUAGCGGGUCUGAGAGUGGGAGCCCAAAAAGAAGAGGCCAGAGGCAGCUGAAAAAACAAGAAAAAUGGAAACAGGAGCCCUCAGAAGAUGAACGUGAACAAGGCACCAGUGCAGAGAGUGAACCAGAGCAAAAAAAAGUGAAAGCCAGAAGACCUGUCCCCAGAAGAACAGUGCCCAAACCUCGUGUUAAAAAGCAACCUAAGACUCAGCGUGGGAAGAGAAAAAAGCAAGAUUCUUCUGAUGAUGACGAUGAAGAUGAUGAAGCUCCCAAAAGACAGACUCGUCGAAGAGCAGCUAAAAAUGUUAGUUAUAAAGAAGAUGAUGACUUUGAGACUGACUCAGAUGAUCUCAUUGAAAUGACUGGAGAAGGAAUUGAUGAACAGCAGGAUAAUAGUGAAACUAUUGAAAAGGUCUUAGAUUCAAGACUGGGAAAGAAAGGAGCCACCGGAGCUUCCACUACUGUAUAUGCAAUUGAAGUUAAUGGAGACCCUGGUGGUGACUUUGAUGCUGAAAAGGAUGAAGGCGAAAUCCAAUAUCUCAUCAAAUGGAAGGGUUGGUCUUAUAUCCACAGCACAUGGGAGAGUGAAGAAUCCUUACAGCUACAGAAAGUGAAGGGCCUAAAGAAACUAGAGAACUUCAAGAAGAAAGAGGAUGAAAUCAAACAAUGGUUAGGGAAGGUUUCUCCUGAAGAUGUGGAAUAUUUCAAUUGCCAACAGGAGCUGGCCUCAGAGUUGAAUAAACAGUAUCAGAUAGUAGAAAGAGUAAUAGCUGUGAAGACAAGUAAAUCUACAUUGGGGCAAACAGACUUUCCAGCUCACAGUAGGAAGCCGGCACCUUCGAAUGAACCUGAAUAUCUGUGCAAAUGGAUGGGACUGCCCUAUUCAGAGUGCAGCUGGGAAGAUGAAGCCCUGAUUGGAAAGAAAUUCCAGAGCUGUAUUGACAGCUUCCACAGUCGGAACAACUCAAAGACCAUCCCAACAAGAGAAUGCAAGGCUCUGAAGCAGAGACCACGAUUUGUAGCUUUAAAGAAACAGCCAUCAUAUUUAGGAGGAGAGAAUCUGGAGCUCCGAGAUUAUCAGCUAGAAGGUCUCAACUGGCUUGCUCAUUCCUGGUGCAAAAGCAACAGUGUAAUCCUUGCUGAUGAAAUGGGCCUAGGAAAGACCAUCCAGACCAUAUCAUUCCUCUCCUACCUGUUCCACCAACACCAGCUGUAUGGCCCCUUUCUUAUAGUCGUCCCUUUAUCCACCCUCACCUCAUGGCAGAGGGAGUUUGAAAUCUGGGCACCAGAGAUUAACGUAGUGGUUUACAUAGGUGACCUGAUGAGCAGAAAUACGAUACGGGAAUAUGAAUGGAUUCAUUCCCAAACCAAAAGGCUGAAGUUCAAUGCACUUAUAACAACAUAUGAGAUCCUCUUAAAAGAUAAGACUGUGCUGGGCAGUAUUAACUGGGCCUUUCUGGGAGUGGAUGAAGCCCAUCGGUUGAAGAAUGAUGACUCUUUAUUGUAUAAAACUCUGAUUGAUUUCAAGUCCAACCAUAGGCUCCUGAUUACGGGGACCCCUCUUCAGAAUUCCCUCAAAGAGCUCUGGUCCUUGCUGCACUUUAUUAUGCCGGAGAAGUUUGAGUUCUGGGAAGAUUUUGAGGAAGACCAUGGGAAAGGUAGAGAGAAUGGCUACCAGAGUCUUCAUAAGGUGCUAGAGCCUUUCCUUCUCCGGAGAGUCAAAAAAGAUGUGGAGAAAUCCCUUCCUGCCAAAGUGGAACAGAUUCUCAGAGUGGAGAUGUCGGCACUUCAGAAACAGUAUUAUAAAUGGAUUCUGACCAGGAAUUAUAAGGCUCUUGCUAAAGGAACAAGAGGCAGCACAUCUGGUUUCCUUAAUAUUGUGAUGGAACUGAAAAAAUGUUGUAACCACUGCUACUUGAUUAAACCCCCUGAAGAAAAUGAAAGGGAAAAUGGACAGGAGAUUCUUCUGUCCCUGAUUAGGAGCAGCGGGAAGCUGAUUCUAUUAGACAAACUGUUGACAAGACUUCGAGAAAGAGGCAACAGAGUCCUUAUCUUCUCUCAGAUGGUGAGAAUGUUGGAUAUCCUAGCCGAGUACCUAACUAUUAAACACUAUCCUUUCCAGCGUCUGGAUGGUUCCAUCAAAGGAGAAAUCCGAAAACAGGCACUGGACCACUUCAAUGCAGAUGGGUCUGAGGACUUCUGUUUCCUGCUCUCGACAAGGGCUGGUGGCCUGGGAAUCAAUUUGGCUUCAGCGGACACAGUUGUCAUCUUUGACUCUGACUGGAACCCCCAGAAUGACUUGCAGGCACAAGCCCGAGCCCAUAGAAUUGGUCAGAAAAAGCAGGUAAAUAUUUACCGCUUAGUUACCAAGGGGACUGUGGAGGAGGAGAUCAUAGAACGGGCCAAAAAGAAGAUGGUGUUGGACCAUCUGGUCAUUCAGCGCAUGGAUACCACUGGCCGGACAGUCCUGGAAAACAACUCAGGAAGAUCCAACUCAAAUCCUUUUAAUAAAGAGGAGCUGACAGCUAUUUUGAAAUUUGGAGCAGAGGAUCUCUUCAAAGAAAUUGAAGGGGAGGAGUCAGAGCCUCAGGAAAUGGACAUAGAUGAAAUUUUGCGCUUGGCAGAAACCAGAGAGAAUGAAGUGUCAACAAGUGCGACAGAUGAGCUUCUGUCACAGUUUAAGGUUGCCAACUUUGCAACAAUGGAAGAUGAAGAAGAGCUGGAAGAGCGUCCUCACAAGGACUGGGAUGAGAUCAUUCCAGAGGAGCAAAGGAAAAAAGUAGAGGAAGAAGAACGUCAGAAGGAGCUAGAAGAAAUUUAUAUGCUGCCUCGAAUUCGGAGUUCCACUAAAAAGGCUCAGACAAACGACAGUGACUCCGACACUGAAUCUAAGAGGCAGGCUCAGAGGUCCUCUGCUUCUGAGAGUGAGACAGAUGACUCUGAUGAUGACAAGAAGCCAAAGCGCAGAGGGCGCCCCCGAAGCGUGCGGAAGGACCUUGUGGAGGGAUUUACUGAUGCAGAGAUCCGAAGGUUCAUCAAGGCUUAUAAGAAGUUCGGUCUUCCUCUUGAACGGCUGGAGUGCAUAGCACGUGAUGCUGAACUGGUAGAUAAGUCUGUGGCUGAUCUGAAACGCCUGGGUGAACUGAUUCACAACAGCUGUGUGUCAGCAAUGCAGGAAUAUGAAGAACAGUUGAAAGAAAAUGCCAGCGAGGGGAAAGGACCAGGGAAAAGGAGAGGCCCAACAAUCAAGAUAUCUGGAGUUCAGGUUAAUGUAAAAUCCAUUAUCCAACAUGAAGAAGAGUUUGAGAUGCUGCAUAAGUCUAUUCCUGUGGACCCUGAAGAAAAAAAAAAAUACUGCUUGACUUGUCGUGUCAAAGCUGCACAUUUUGAUGUAGAGUGGGGAGUGGAGGACGACUCUCGCCUAUUGCUGGGGAUUUAUGAACAUGGCUAUGGAAACUGGGAAUUAAUUAAAACAGAUCCAGAGCUCAAAUUAACAGACAAAAUUCUGCCCGUGGAGACAGAUAAAAAGCCUCAGGGGAAGCAGCUACAGACCCGAGCGGACUACCUGCUGAAGCUGCUUAGGAAGGGUCUGGAGAAGAAGGGGGCCGUGACAGGUGGGGAAGAGGCAAAACUAAAGAAACGGAAACCUCGAGUAAAGAAGGAAAACAAAGCGCCCAGGUUGAAAGAUGAGCAUGGGAUUGAGUUUUCAUCUCCUAGGCACUCAGAUAAUCCAUCAGAAGAGGGAGAAGUAAAGGAUGAUGCUUUAGAAAAAAGUCCAAUGAAAAAAAAACAGAAGAAGAAAGAGAACAAAGAGAACAAGGAGAAACAAAUGAGUUCUAGGAAAGACAAAGAAGGGGACAAGGAAAAGAAGAAGUCAAAAGAUAAGAAAGAGAAGCCUAAAGGUGGUGAUGCCAAAUCUUCAAGUAAAUCAAAGCGAUCUCAGGGUCCUGUCCAUAUUACAGCAGGAAGUGAACCUGUCCCCAUUGGAGAGGAUGAGGAUGAUGAUCUGGACCAGGAGACAUUCAGCAUAUGUAAGGAGAGGAUGAGGCCCGUGAAAAAGGCACUGAAACAGCUGGACAAACCUGACAAGGGACUCAACGUGCAAGAACAGCUGGAACACACCCGGAACUGCCUGUUGAAAAUCGGAGAUCGGAUAGCCGAGUGCCUUAAAGCCUACUCAGACCAGGAGCACAUCAAACUGUGGAGAAGGAACUUAUGGAUAUUUGUUUCCAAGUUUACAGAAUUUGAUGCUCGAAAACUACAUAAGUUAUACAAGAUGGCUCAUAAGAAAAGAUCUCAAGAAGAGGAGGAGCAAAAGAAGAAAGGUGACAUGAUUGGUGGUAAGAAACCAUUUCGACCAGAGGCCUCGGGCUCAAGCCGGGAUUCUCUGAUAUCUCAGUCCCAUACCUCGCACAAUCUUCACCCUCAGAAGCCUCAUUUGCCUGCCUCCCAUGGCCCACAGAUGCAUGGACACACAAGAGAUAACUACAAUCAUCCCAACAAGAGACAUUUUAGUAAUGCAGAUCGAGGAGACUGGCAGAGAGAAAGAAAGUUCAACUAUGGUGGUGGCAACAACCCUCCGUGGGGCAGUGACAGGCACCAUCAGUAUGAACAGCACUGGUACAAGGACCACCAUUAUGGGGACCGGCGACAUAUGGAUGCCCAUCGUUCUGGAAGUUAUCGUCCCAACAACCUGUCCAGAAAGAGACCUUAUGACCAGUAUAGCAGCGACCGAGAUCAUCGGGGACACAGAGAUUAUUAUGACAGGCACCAUCAUGACUCCAAGCGGAGGAGGUCUGAUGACUUUAGGCCUCAAAAUUACCACCAGCAGGAUUUCCGACGAAUGUCUGAUCAUCGACCUCCUAUGGGAUACCAUGGCCAGGGACCCUCAGACCAUUACCGCUCUUUCCACACAGACAAAUUGGGGGAAUAUAAACAGCCCCUACCCCCAUUGCACCCUGCAGUCUCAGAUCCUCGCUCACCCCCUUCUCAGAAAUCUCCGCACGAUUCCAAGUCACCCCUGGAUCAUAGGUCUCCUUUGGAGAGAUCAUUAGAACAGAAAAACAACCCAGAUUAUAACUGGAAUGUUCGGAAAACAUAAAGGACAGCUUGGAAAGGGGAGAGCAGGAGUCAUCAAGCACGUGGAUAUUUUUGGUCUGAUCCAACAGUAGCCAGGUAUCUAGACCAGUAAGUGGAAUUUCUGGACAUGCUGCUGCUGUCACCUCACCGGCUGAGGGAGCACUUCAAGGAGCCAGGGGGCCUUUUGUUCAGUCCAGCUUUGAUUCGGGUUACCACUCUUGCACUUUGGCACCCCAUAUUCCAGCCUAGUUCUGGCCUCCCACUUUGAUAGGUGCUAGGAGGAGGAGGUUACUUUUUGUGUACCAGCUUCAUUGGGCUGUGUUUCCCCAGUGAAGGAAUAGAGGAUCUUGAGAGUCAUGAAUGUUUUAUUGCCAGGGCCCAUGUUCCCUGGACCUUGGUGUCGUGGUCAGGGGAAGGAAUUGGUGCAUGAAGGCUUCUGGGACCUGAUGGACAGUGGGAUUUGGUUCCCUGUGACAUGACGGAUGCUGCUGACAGGGAGUGGGGACAAGAGGGUGGGGUCUCACAUCAUAGGACUUGAAUGGGGUUGCUGAUGCACCCCUUAAAUGCAUUCUUGGGAGAAGUGAUACACUCAGCCUCAAUAUGUGAAACCUGUGGGAUGGG